AUGCACCAAGGUCUUAUGGUCUUAAUGUAUGACCAUUUAAAAGAUAACCAAAUUGCCUACCCCCAACCUUCUAUCUCUGAUUCUGAGGACGAAGGGUCAGAUUCUGAUUUUUCUAUGGGUGAUGAGUCUGAAAGUGAUUCAAAAAGUGAGACAGAGGAGAGUCUAGAAGACUUUGAAGCUGAACUUGAGGAGGAGGUCUCUAAGGACUCUAAGAAGAAUGAAUCCCAGACCCCUCAGAAAAAGAAAACUAAAAUUUCCAUUCAGAAAAGGAACAAACAGAAAAGGCAAGACAAUUGUGAGUUGGAAUUGGAGGAUAAAGUGCAGAGAAAGGAUCCUAAUGUUGACCAAAAAAUGGAGGAGAUUACAGGGGAAGGUUUCAAUCAGAGGCUCAAUGGAAAUGUAGAACAGAUCACUAGUGGAGAUGUUCCCAAUAAUGAACAAGCCAUUGCUGGUAAAUCUAUGGUUGAAUAUGUUGAUGACUUGAGUAAAACUGUUGCCAGAGCUGAAGAGAUUAGAGACGCCUUCAACCCAAGGUUUGAGAAAGUGGAGAAGGCCCUGGAAGAGAUAAAAACCAAUGACAAUGCCAUGGACCAGAGAAUGGCGAAAACUGACAAUAAAUUCAACAAAAUUGAAAAAUUCCUUAAAAGCAUUGUUGAACAAAGCCAUAACAUUCUGAAAGCCUCGGCAGAUAACACCAAAAUUCUUAUCAACACGCCAGAGAAUGAGAAGGAUUCCCUAGAGCUGGAACCUGACAUGGAAGGUAUGGGAGAGGUGCAAGGACCUAGAAUGAGGACCAGAGGCAAGAAGAAGGAGAAAAAUCCAAAUAAGGAAAUUGAAGAACUAAAAGUUGCUUCGACAAACUAUGACCAGCUGGUCACUAAGGUAGUUGAUCUUCUUAAGUCUCUGUAG